GUAGUAUAUAUGUAAAUGCUAGUACAAAGAAAUAUGAUGCCGACUUUAUCUAAAUAUCUAUCUUAAUAGUGUAUUAAUAAUUUGCCGACUCUCUGCAUGAUAGUAUAUAUUCUCAUCAUACCUUUACUAGCUUGCGAAGAAAGGAAACAACUUUAUUGAUCUCCCGUAUGCUGUUAAAGGAAUGGAUGUGUCAUUCAGUGGGAUAUUGAGUUAUAUCAAAACUACUGCAGAGGAGAAGCUCAAGAACAACGAGUGCACACCUGCAGAUUUGUGCUACUCCCUUCAAACGUUCUUUGCGAUGUUGGUUGAGACACGAGCGAUGGCUCAUCGCGACAAGAAAGACGUUUUGAUAGUUGGUGGUGUCGGGUGUAACGAGCGGUUGCAGGACAUGAUGAGGACUAUGUGCUCUGAACGUGACGGGACGCUUUUUGCAACGGAUGAUCGUUACUUUAUUGAUAAUGGAGCGAUGAUUGCAUACACGGGUCUUCUUGAGUUUGUAAACGGUAUUAAAACGCCGUUAGAAGACACUACCUCUACGCAGCGGUUUCGCACGGACGAGGUUCAGGCGGUGUGGCGAGAGAAGGAAGAGUUGGUACGUGGAGAUAAGAACGUUGCUGCUGCUAAGUGAUUGUGUGUACUCAAUUUUUAUCGAUUAUGAGAAGUGGAUAUGUCUACUCGAUAACAUUUGUUUUUGAUGAGAUAACUUUUAGUGAAAUGUUACGAAUCUUAUCAUUUAUUUUGGUCUAAUAAAAAAAAAGAAAAAAUUGCCGAAACAUGACAA